AUGGGCUGGUUCGUCAAGACAAACAAGGUGAAGAAGAAGAGCAAGAGCAGCAGUAGUAGCUCAUCCAAGAAUAAAAGGCAGAAGAAGCCAGGCCUACUCGAUCCUCCAAACGUCUAUGGACCUCCUCAACAACAACCACAACCUCAACUUCUUCUUCCGCCACCUCCGACUUAUCCUUACUCUCACGGCUAUGCAAGUCAAUCACAACCUCAAUUCAGACCUGUCCCGGCAGCUCCUCCUGCCUGGAAUGGGUAUCAGCCUGUUAUUGUGAAUCAGCAUUAUUACCUUGGGAGCCAACAACAGCCUCAACAGCAGGUUCAUCAUCAUACUUCUCUUUCGAGACUUACAGGUUCCAUGGUCAACCUUGCCAAGGAUGUCGUUCCUUUUACUCAGCUUUACGAUGAUGGCAUGUCGGCUUGGCAUGGUUGCGCUCAGACGACCAAUGCUGUUUAUGCUGAUGUUUAUUCCCGGUUCAACAAUGUCAUGACUCUUAUUGAUCAUGAGAAGCUCUGUGGUAACGAGGGUGAUCUCUUCAGCUGGCAUCCUCCUCCUCAACAACAACAAUCUCAGGACAAGGCGUUUGGCAAAUCCACCAAACGCACAAAGCACAAGGACAAGGCACAUAUUGCAACAUCCGUGGUUUCCGGCAACUACUUUUCCAAAGUCGAGCUCUACGCAAACUCGAAACUCCCAGCAGAUCUCCCCCCUCUAGCCCUCUACCUCCCAACGUGGCAACUCCUCUGCCUCGCCGCCGAGUAUUCACAACGCGUCUACGAAAAACCCCGAGGUAGCGAACUCGACGCCCACGUAUCGUCAGACUGGCUCUCUGGCACAAAAGCCAUGUGCAUAAAGUCGAAACCAAUGGAUCACAUGAGCACCAUCGUAUUCGCAAUCCGAGGAACAGCAACGUUCAUGGACUGGGCCGUGAACCUCAAAACAGCUCCUUCAAGCCCCGCUGGGUUCCUCGACGACCCGGGGAAUUUAUGCCACGCGGGGUUCCUCUCGGUGGCUCGGAGCAUGAUCCGGCCCGUCGCCGCGCGGCUGCGGCAGCUCCUGAGAGAAGACCCUCGGCGGUCGAGCUAUAACCUUAUGCUGACGGGCCAUUCUGCCGGCGGAGCUGUGGCGGCGCUCCUCUACUCUCAUAUGCUGGCCGAGACGGCCGAGGCCGAGAGCGAGCUCAACGCCCUAUCCAAUUGCUUCAAAAAGAUCCACUGCGUCACCUUUGGUGCACCGCCCGUGAGCUUGCUCCCGCUGGCCAAGCCCGAUCGUCCAAAUCUCAGAAACAGCGUAUUCCUCAGCUUCAUCAAUGAGGGUGAUCCUGUUGUUCGUGCAGACAAGGCCUAUGUCAGGAGUCUUUUGGAGCUGCUCGCUUCACCACCACCAAAGAAACCAAAGUCGAGCUCCAAAUCUCGAAAGAGCUCUCGUCCACCUCCUCCGGUUUGGAAUGUCCCCCCUUGCACUCUCAGCAACGCCGGCCGGCUCGUCGUUUUACGCACAGGGGAUCCUCGAGCCAAACCCAAGGAUCGAAAGACAGUAAGCGAGCGUAUCGAUGAAGGUGUCGUAGCCGUCACAUGUCUCGAAGAACAGUUGAGAGACGUCAUCUGGGGAGACCCCGUCUGCCAUCUCAUGAGCUUAUAUGCAGAAAGGAUCGAGGUAUUGGCCGUCAGGUCUAUCAAGGGGAGGGGAUAG